AGCGCAUGCGCCCUGCCCGAGGACUGGCAGGGAGACGGCAAUAUGGCGAGAAUGCCUGGCAGCGGCGGCGGCGGCGGAGAGUGGAGCGGCGGCGGCGGAGGGGGCGGCGGACGCGGCGGAGGCGGCGGGAACAAUGCGGGGGACCGGCCGUCCGGCCGCGGCGUCGCCCCCCGCCCGCACCGCUACUGCAGCGCCGGCGAGGAGGAGGAGGGCGAGGAGGAGGAUGAGAUCCAGGAGGUGCAGAUAACGGGGGACGAGGAGGAGGACGGAGCCGAUGGGGGGCUGCUGCUGGACGAGGAGGAGGAGGAAGAGGAGAUGGGUCUGGAGUGGGACGGCGAGGAGGAGACGGAGCCGCUGCCGCCCGCCCCGGGCCGUACGCCGGGCGGCGGCAGCAGCGGCGUCGGGGCUGCCCCGGGGGGCGCCGCGGCGGCUGCCCCGGGGGGCGGCGGCGGCGGCGGCCCCGGGGCGGCGGCGGAGGACGCGGAGCUGGAGGCGGCCCUGCUGCUGCAGCGGCCGGAGCGGGCGCGGCUGAGCGAGAACACGCGGCUGGCCACCCGCUACGCCGUGCGCAUCUUCCGCGAGUACCUGAGCGAGAAGGCGCAGAGCCCCGACUUCGAGACCAUGGACAAGGGGGCGCUCUGCCGGGUGCUGCGCUCCUUCUACGCCGAGGCGCGCUCCAAGAGCGGGCAGCUCUACUCCAAGUCCUCCCUCAUCAGCAUCCGCAGCUCCCUCAACCGCUACCUCAACGAGCCGCCCUACUGCCGCACCCUCGACCUCACCAAGGACCCCGAGCUCCGCGCCGCCAACCUCACCCUGGCCGCUGUCAUCCGCAAGCUGGAGGAGCAGGGCGCGGGGCCCGUGGUGCAGAAGCAGGCCAUCACCCGCGCCGACCUCCGCAAGCUCUACACGUGCAGCGUGUUCAGCACCCAGAGCCCCUUCGGGCUCCUCAACAAGGUCUGGUUUGAGACCUGCAUGUACUUCUGCACCCGGGGCCGGGAGAACCAGCGGGAGCUGGAGGAGGACUCGUUCGGGCUGGCUGUGGAUGAGGACGGACGCAAGUUCGUCUACUUCAAGGCGCUGGGGCCCUACCACAAGUCGCGCUCGUCCUCCUGGAGCAAGAAGCGGGCGGAGAGCAGCGACGAGGAGAACCUGCCUCGUAUGUACGAGACUGGCACAGAGUUCUGCCCCUAUGCCAGCUUUGUCAAGUACCUCUCCAAGCGCAACCCCCUCUGCAAGGCCUUCUUCCAGCGCCCGCGGGACCACUGCAGCGAGGGUGACAUCACCUGGUACGAGAACAAGGCCAUCGGGAAGAACCUCCUGGGUACCCGCAUGCAGAUGCUCUCCAAGGCGGCCAAGCUCUCCAAGACCUACACCAACCACUGCAUUGGUGCCGUCUCCAUUGCCACCCUCAACAGUAUCGCUGGCAUUGGCACCAAGCUGGGAGGACUGCAGCCACCCCACCACCACCACCCCCCUCCCCACCACCACCACCUCCUCCACCACCCCGCUGGCGGGGGCUGCUACACCCCUGCCGCCCUCAAUGGUGGACCUCGGCCGCGGCCGCCCGCUGCCAACCCCUACGUGCUGCCCAAAGACGGUGACGCUGCGCCGGUGAAAGCAGAGGCGGCCGCAGUGGCCCCGGCCAAGCGGGCGCUCUACGAGGCCGUGUUCCCGGCAGGGGCUGCGGCCGGCGGCGAUGCUUGUGGGCCCUCUGCCUCCCCAAAAAGACUCUGCCGCCGCCCCGCUGAGCCCCUGGAUGCCGCUGCGCCCGCCGUGGUGGUGGUCUCAGUGAAACAUGACCCCUUGCCUCACCUCCUCCCCGAAGCAAAUGGGCACAGAAGCACCACCUCACCCACAGUAGUUUCACCUGCUAUUGUUUCCCCCACACAGGACAGUCGGCCCAAUAUGUCAAGACCUCUGAUCACUAGAUCCCCUGCAUCUCCAUUGAACAAUCAAGGCAUCCCCACUCCAGCACAGCUCACAAAGUCCAACGCACCAGUUCACAUUGAUGUGGGUGGGCACAUGUAUACCAGCAGCUUGGCCACGCUUACAAAAUAUCCCGAUUCCAGAAUUGGCCGGCUUUUCGAUGGCACAGAGCCCAUUGUCCUCGACAGUCUCAAGCAGCAUUAUUUCAUCGACAGAGAUGGGCAGAUGUUCAGAUAUAUCUUGAAUUUCUUAAGGACAUCAAAACUCCUCAUUCCUGACGAUUUCAAGGACUACAGCUUGUUAUAUGAAGAAGCAAAGUAUUUCCAGCUUCAGCCCAUGCUAGGAGAGAUGGAACGGUGGAAACAGGACCGGGAGAGUGGCCGCUUCUCCAAGUCUUGCGAGUGCCUGGUGGUGCGAGUUGCCCCAGAUCUCGGCGAGAGGAUUACCCUGAGUGGAGAUAAGUCCUUGAUAGAGGAGGUGUUCCCGGAGAUCGGGGAUGUGAUGUGUAAUUCUGUCAACGCCGGCUGGAACCACGACUCUACACACGUCAUCCGAUUCCCGCUGAACGGAUACUGUCACCUCAACUCAGUUCAGGUACUUGAGAGGUUACAGCAAAGAGGGUUUGAGAUUGUUGGCUCAUGUGGAGGUGGGGUGGACUCUUCCCAAUUCAGUGAAUACGUACUGAGACGAGAACUCAGAAGGACAUCUCGUGCACCCUCUGUCAUUCGAAUAAAGCAAGAGCCUCUGGACUAAAAUGGACAUGUUUCUUUAUGCAAAAAAAAAAAAAAAAGGAAAACAAA